AUGUAUCUGUGUAGCCUUACACUCCGCUGUGAGCGCACUGUGAAUAAACCCCUGAGUGUUGGAGAUAACAAGAGCAGCACGGACAGCAUGGACCCUGAAGGUUGCUGCUCUCCCACGGUUCCUGAGUCAGAACUGUACCGCAGUGUCCAGGCUGUGCUGCCCCGGGGAAUGGACCAACAGCGGCCUAUGGACUUGUGUAAUCAAGGCAUGCUGAGAUGGACACUUCAUAAAAAAGUUCUAAACAGUCCGGUGAACAGUUUAUCUCUCCUGUGGGUGCUGAUAAAGGAGCUAGAAAAGGCUGAACGAUGGGAUUCUCGCAAAUUCAUCAUUCCUUUGCUCCACACGCUGAUGUACGCCAUCGUUCAGACAGCCUACAUUCCAGAUGAGCUGUACAAGCGUGUGUAUGACUUUUGUAAGAGACUUCUGACCUAUCCUCAGCCUUAUUGCACUGUGGGUCUCAGCUACACAAGACAGAUAAAAACCGAGCGCCUCAUCCCAGGUCUGAUGUACCAGAGGAUGGUCACAGCUGAGCAGAGGCUAAAAAGUGAGCAUUAUCCUUUUCAGGAGAGGGUUUUUGUGUUGGCGGACCCACAGAUCUUCAGUGGUCUCUUAAUGCCUGUUUUGGAGGGAGAUUUGGAGGCAUCUGGAUCUGCAUCAGCUGGAUUUGGAAAUGUUCUGGAUCACAUGCGAAACGUGGUUCAACACUCCAUCCAGGCUUCUUUAGGACCAGAGAGCUGUCAUGGGCAGAAACUGGCUCAGGCCUUAACGGACAAAGAAGUAGAGUCAUACUUUCAGGAAGUGAUGGCGAUUUUUGAGCAGAGCGUGGAAGAGGGCAGCAAAGGGGAGGAGAGAACGCUGACCAGCCGUCUUCAGGAGUUGUACCAGAAGAUUGUUUCAGACUCCAACUCAGAGCCAUUGUGUGGUGGACCCCUGCAUAACUGCCCUCUUCCUAACCCAGAAAUGAGACUGUACCUGUGGACCGAGGAUCUGGACAUCUGGCGUGAGCUGUUCAAAUGGUUCCGAUCCAGUUCUGUGUCAGAGAACUUCUCCUGCCUCAGCCAGGAGCAGGAGGACUUUGAGGUGGACGAAUCGACCUACAACCUGUCAGCCGACAUGGCUCGCUUCUCUAUCCUGUCCAACGACAGCGGCAUUGAAAGAGACCUGCCGUCCAGCUUUGACAUGUCUCCAUCUUCUUCUCUGGACAGCCCCUGCUUGAGUUCAUCAUGGGAACAAUGCAAAAGUGAACAAGACCCAGUGAGGCUGUCUCGGCGACCAUGCAUUAAACUCAGACUGACUGCAAAGGAUGGUAUAGCGCUCAUGCAGGAUGCACUGGAGGACCAAGCAAGCCAAGGAGUUAGAGGGAAGGGAAGAAGGCCCCCCCUCCAGAGGCAAACAGGAACUAGCAUGAUGCAGAGCCACUUCCCUAAGCAGCAGAGACACUUUACUGCCAGGAUAGUCGUAAUGGGGGAUGACCGGGUGCUGGGCCACCUGGCUAAGGCCUAUUACCUUUACAGGAAGAGAGAAGCACGACGGCUUUGUCUUACCAUGAAAGUCAACCUCCAGUUUUACUACAUUCCUGUCCGUGCAGCUUCUGCUCCCGUCUCCUCGGCUAAGGUAAAACUUCAUCAGUCCAAGGGGAGUUCCUGCACUCUUGGCUCCUACUUGAGCAGUGUGGACCCGUGGUACAACAGUAAUGUCAACAGUUUGGGCAACACCAUUCAUAAACUGGCUAAAAUGCAUCAGCUUAACCCUGGGACACCAAAAGACCCUUUCAUCUCUGACGUCAUUGCCUACUACGUUCGCACCGGCCAGCAGCCCGUCUACUUCACCAUCUACUUUGUGAAGAUUACAUUUACCAAUGAGACAAAAGAUCCUGUGGAAGAUGUCUUCCUUACCCACCUGGAGUUGGACUUCCCAGAGUUCAGACAGAUCUCAGCUUCAGUUAGAGAUAAAAAGAAGAACUCUGGUGACGUCUGCGGAGCUGUUAUCAGUUUGAAUUACAAAAAGGUGACGUUGAGUGGCCGAGACGUUGACGUAGGAAUUUCAGUCAGAACAUCAGGCGCUGUGAUUGAUGCCAUUCCCUGCAAUGAAGCAGAAGACUUGAACUGUUUGACUCUGAUGCUGAACGAAGUUCCAACGAAGACAAAAAGCCAGAACGUGGAAUCAAAGAUUCGGACCAAUAAUGUUAAAAUUCGUACGUUGGAGAGACGAUCCUUCACUCUGACUCUGGACAGAGAGAGUCGAAGGACCUACAAAGACGUGCAGAGCAUUGAGAUCUUCCCUUGUCUGGAUCCUGGAUACUGCGUGCAGAAAACUGUCAGGUCCAGAUUCAGCUUGGGAGCAGAAAAGGAUGCUGGUCUCACCAAAUACAUGAGCAAAGCCCUUCCUCUACCGAUCAACACGUUUGCCGGCAUCAUCAACUGAUGUAACACUGUCCAUGCUGUGUUUAGAGCUGGAGCGAGACCGAUCUAAUCGGAUACAC